UGACCCGAACGGAGAAUCGUUGGUUGAUGAAGAAGUCUCGAAACAAUCUCCAACCCAAAUUUUAUCGCAGGACCUUCUUCCGAAACGGUUUCCCAAAUCUCGAUUUUCUGGUCAGAGACGCGACAGAAAACAGACCUCUGGCCUUGGAGCUAGCAUCCGAAAUGGCGCAUGUCAACCCAAGAGCCAUAUUGUCUUCCUGAAAACGCACAAGACGGCCAGCAGCACCAUCCUCAACAUCCUGUAUCGUUAUGGCGACACGCACAAUUUGACGUUCGCGCUGCCCGUGAACAUGCACAGCCAGCUCUUCUACCCGCACUACUUCAUGCCGCACUUUGUCGAGGGCGUGAGGUCUCACCAAGUGACCGAGUUCCACAUCAUGUGCAAUCACAUGCGCUUCCGAGGGCCUGAGGUGAGAAAGGUCAUGCCCAAGGACACGUUUUAUUUCUCCAUCAUGCGUAAUCCAGUAUCCAUGAUGGAGUCCCUGUUCACAUACUACAAGUCAAUCCCCGCGUUCCACGGCUUUGGGACCCUUGAGGAUUUCCUGCUCGACAGUGGGCGUUCCUACAACGGUACUUUGCGUAAUAACCACUACGCUCGGAACAUCCUUUCCUUCGACUUCGGCUUCAACAACUCUGCAGUGUCGAGCGCAGCCGAACUGGAUGAACGAGGCUUAGCGAUCAUUGCAGCGAUAGAAAGCGAAUUCCACCUGGUCCUGAUCUCUGAAUACUUUGACGAGUCUAUGGUGUUGCUCCGACAUGCCCUCUGCUGGACGCUGGAAGAUAUCUUGUCAUUCCGGUUGAACAGCCGAAGCGAGAAAUCGCGCAAGUCGUUGAGUGCAGAAAUGAUCGAAAAGGUGAAGCAGUGGAGCUCGUUGGAUUGGCGGCUGUACCAACAUUUUAACUCUAGCUUCUGGAAGCGGAUAGACACAUCGCUAGGGCGGGCUAAGCUUCAACAAGAACUGGAGCUUCUUCGAGCCAGAAGGGUGGUCCUGGAGAAAACCUGCCUUUUAGGAGGCAAAGCUGUAGAUCCAGGAGAGGUACAUGAUUUGUCCUUGAAGCCAUUCCAGUAUGGCCAAGCGAUUAUCCAGGGGUAUAACAUCCGCCCCGGACUGGACAACGACACGCACCGUCUUUGUCAGAGUCUCGUCACACCAGAACUACAGUACACCAGGGCUUUGUAUGGUAAACAGUUCCCUGGCCUUGCUGCUAAAAUGUCGACGGUCCAAAACACCCCUAAGCACAUCAUAACCGCUAAGAAAAACAGCAGCAUGUCUGAUGCUACAAAGAGUGUCUUGGCUCCACAAAGCAGGACAGAUUCUUUCAGAGACACCAGCAACUCGCAAUCCAAUAAUGUGCAAGCAGCUGACACGCCUACAUUAUCCAAAGAUAAUAUUUAAUAUGUUAAAGGUAUUGCUAAGCAAUUCAAAUCAUAAAGACCCAAUGAUGUGACGUUGAACAGCGAAUGAUGCUACACGUGCCUUAGCCUUUGCUGCUGCACACAUCAGUGACCUCUUUAUGUUGUGGAGAAGAUAUGAUAAGAAUGUGUUCAAAGGUCUCAAAUACAUUAAAUUCAAAUGAAGUUUGAAUGCUAGUUUCACAAAAUGGAUCAGUUGUCGAUUCUUAUUUAUGUUUUACCAAUUAGCUUUGCUGGAUCCGGCUUGGGUCGUAAAAUCGUAGCUAAGUUGUUAGCCAGGGGUAAUAUUUGUAGAAUUUUCAGAAAGCUAAGCACUCCAGGCUAAAAAAUAGCUAUUAUGAUUAUUAUUAUUAUAUCAAAAUUAGGACAAAAGUAUUUGGACACCUAUUAUGCUGAUGAAAACUGGCCCUAAGUCUAAAUGCAUUUUGUUCCCAAAUCCUAUAAGUAAUAACGUAAUUUUUACUGUGAGACGGGAAAUACGGGUUGUACAUUCUUCCGAAUGAGAAUAUGUAUCAUAUAUAUGAUUCAAUGUAUCUGAAUAUUUGGAAUCUAAAUAUUAUAAUCAAAUGCUGAUAUUGUAAUUCAAAUGCUGAACGCCUGUGAAAAGUAUGGAAACACCAAGUGUUUCAUGGUCCUUUGCAAUAACCAUUCUGAUUAGCGAAACAAAAUUGCAGUCUGUUAGCAUAGAUGGCUAGAACGUUUUCACUUUUUAGGUUCAGUUGACGAUAUUUGAUUCACACAUUGUUUCUAAAAAUUUAAAAUGUAGCUUUUUUGUUGUUGGUGUUGUAAAGAUCAAAUGGUUUUCAUUUCCAAACUGAUUGUGUGAUCAUUUUCCUCAGUUUCCUAUUUAUUUGUUUGUCAGUAACAUGCUUGUGUGUUGCACAAAUGUCACCUUCAGAGAAAAACUGACUUCUCUGUGUUGCCUUUAGUAGCCUUUUUUUACGUUUCCAUUUCACUUAUAUAUUUACUUGAAUACGACAAAUACUGUUUCUUAUCAAGAGCUAUAAGACCUGCUAACUUAGUGAGAUUUGUAUUUAUUAGUUAAAACAUGAAUUUAUAUCCUUAUGUAAUGAUUUCAGUGAUCAUUUAGCUUUGAUGCUACAGCAAAUGAUAUACUUUGUCAGUUACGUUACUGGUGCUCAAGUUAAGAAUUGACAUUAUGGUACUGGAUAUGGUUUUUUGAGUAGAGCUGAGUUAGGACAUAUGUAUUGUUUGUUGCUUGAUUUUAGUAGACAGAGAAUAAGAAAAAUAGACAACUUGGAUUUUGGGAUAACACUGUGCAGAAAAUGCAAGUUUAGCAAAGCUAGCAAAAAUAGUUGAACUUUAAAAAUGUUGCUCGGUCUGCAAAAUUCUGAAGCUUUCAUUUUUUGUUCAUAACGAGCUGAAAAAUUCUACUACACUUUGUCACCUAAUAAAAUGCUAAGUUUAUUGCAAAAUUGAACUUUUUUACCUGCUUUAUUCUCUAUCUGGAGAAAUAAAAAAGAACAAAGUUUAUAAAUUGAUAAGUUUUGUUGCUACAGAAUUUUGUUACAUUUGGACUUUAGUGAACAAAUGCACAGUUUUGUUGCAAAACAAUAUUGAACCUUUCCAUCCACCUCAUUGUCUGUCUAGGUAAGUUAGGCAGAAUAUUUAUUUUAUUGCUAAAGUACAAUGUUGGUAAGUACCGUUAGUAAAAAUAAAUAAAUAAAUAAAUAAAUAAAUAAAUAAAUAAAUCUAACUUGAACUUUAAACUUUUGAAUAUAAAAUUCUAUCACAAAAUGAUGGUGUUUCUCAGUACAUGCUGGUUCUGUAUUUUGAAUAUACAUUUUUUGCUUUAAUUAAUACAAUCUUUGGCCAAAGUUUUUUCUUAUAGCCAACCUGACCAUAAGAUUGCAAUGUGUUCCAAUUUCACAUUUAGUCCCCGAUUUCCUGUUAUCAAAAUCUCCAAUAUUUUGGGAAGAUGUUCCACUAGAUUUUGUGGAGAUGUGUGAGAUUUCAUUUAGCCCCAGGGGGUGAUAGUAAAGUCAGGUACUGGUGAGAUGACGAGGCCUGAGUUUUAGUCUGCAUUCAUAUACAUCCCAAAAGGUGUUCAGUAGGUUAGGGGCUCUUUAGCAGGAGAUCUUCCACUCCAACCCCUUCCACUCAUAGAGCUGGCUUUUUAAACAGGGCUAUUGUCAUGAUGGAGCAGGUUUGGGUCUUCUAGUUAAAGUGAAUGGAAAACCAUUUUCUCAUAUCUUAUACAAUAGCAGUUUGGGGAAGAAGCUUAUAUGGCUGGAAAACUUGGGUGUCCCACUACUUUGGUUCACAUCGUGUUUGUUUAUUUUAUUACUAUCUGUUUUGCAUCAGAGUCAAUUGUCUUUUUUCAGGUUUAACUUUCCAAAUUGUUUGAACUUCCACUUUGUGAGUAGAUUUGCACAUGGGGAUAAUAAAAAAACACUUGAUACACA